AUGAGGAUAACUGUUUGCUUAUCCGGAGAUUCCUUUUUUCCGCUGGAGGUUUCAAAUAGCACGUUAAUAUCGGAACUCAAAAUGCUUAUUGAGGUUGAAAGUGGCAUAUCUGGAGUUGAUUUUGAACUAUCAAGAGAAGGACAGGUUUUAUGCGUUCAGUCAACUACCAAUAUCGAAAAGGCAGGAAUCAAAGAUGAGGAUCUUCUUUUUGCCGUUCCUAUCCCAAGACGCAACACAAAUGAAUCGAAGAGUGAUGGUUCAUCACGUACAGUUCCUUUGUUAGAUUUUAAGUCAAUCAAGGUUCCAGGUUCAUCGGGUUCUGGGAUACCUGAAGCUAUUCGCAAGCAUUUUCUAACUGGUGCUGCCCGUCAGCUGUCCAUAUUGGGUGAACGAAAUCCAGAGUUGGCUGCCGUCAUUAAUGACCCAGUUGCCUUUAGAAGGGUUUUUGAAUCACAACAGAGUACUGCUCGUCAGCAUCGGGAGGAGCUUGAAAACUUGUUGUCUGCAGAUGCUCUAAAUCCAGCAGUUCAAGAAAGAAUAGCUGAGCUUAUAAAACAAAAUAAUAUUGACAUGCAAAUGGAAAGUGCUCUGGAAUAUUAUCCGGAAACAUUUGGCCAAGUUUCAAUGUUAUUUAUCAAUUGUAAAAUUAAAGAUCAAAAUAUUAAAGCAUUUGUUGAUUCUGGAGCACAGAGUACAAUUAUGAGUGAGGAUUGUGCACGACGUUGUAAUUUAGAUUCAUUAAUUGAUAAAAGAUGGGCUGGGAAAGCUUAUGGUGUUGGAACACAAACUAUAAUAGGUCGAGUUCAUAAUGGAUUAAUAGAAAUUGGAGGUAUAUUCAUUCCGACGUCUUUCAUUGUACUAAAAGAUCAAUCUAUGGAUCUGCUCAUUGGUUUAGACAUGCUCAAACGCCAUCAAUGUUGCAUUGAUCUUAAGCGUAAUGUUUUAAUCAUUGAUGGACGUAUUGAAGCGCCUUUUCUACCAGAAUCUGAAAUUCCAUUGUCCUUAUCAAAUCCAUCUAUUCUGGACAAUGAAGACACAGAUGAGAGAUUUGAUGAAUCACAAAAGUUAAAAAUCCAAGUACUUGUUGAUCGUGGUAUUACUCGUUCCAAAGCAAUCGAUGUAUUACAUCGUAAUCAAUGGGAUUUAGACGCAGCUUUAGCUUCUCAUCUUCACAGUAUGUUUGGUCAAUCUAGAUAA